AUGCGAUUCACCUCCUUGCAUCAUCAAACCCCACCAUCCUGCACCCCUCUCCUCUCCUUCCCCUUCCCCCUUCCCCCUUCCGCCUUACGCCUUCCCCCUUCCCCCUUCCGCCUUACCCUUUCCCCCUUCCCCCUUCCACCUUACCCCUUCCCCCUCCCCCCUUCCGCGUUACCCCUUCCCCCUUCCCCCUUCCGCCUUACCCCUUCCCCCUUCCCCCUUCCGCCUUACCCCUUCCCCCUUCCUCCUUCCGCCUUACCCCUCCCCCCUUCCGCCUUACCCCUUCCCCCUUACCCCUUCCCCCUUCCUCCUUCCGCCUUACCCCUCCCCCUUUCCGCCUUACCCCUUCCCCCUUCCCCCUUCCGCCUUACCCCUCCCCCCUUCCUCCUUCCACCUUACCCCUUCCCCCUUCCCUCCCUCACCUGCAGGAGUGUACUCACCCCACAUGCAUUGUACACGUGUCAAAUCUCUAUUAGCGACUGCACCAGCGGCAUCGUGUGGGUUUGUGAGCUCUUUCAGCAACACGUGCUUCUGGAUGGAACCUCCAAGCACGUGCAUGAUAAGUCGAUUUUUGAGUCGACUCAAAAACCAAUCACGUGCAAUGCUGCACCACAGGUGCCUGAUCACUUACCUCACCCAGUUUUCUCCUCCACGUUGACUGCUGCUCCCUUCUCCCUGUUCUCCCUCAGCCUUCGCCCAGCCGUGCUUCCCCACGCUGCCAUCGGGCUUCUUCGGGCUUCUGAGUGCUCGCACAUCGUCUCAGGCAGCAAGCUGAGCGUGGAGGCAGCAAGCAGACCAGUGAUUGAUGCAUGCAUAUUCUCCCCUCACGUGUGCUCCCAUCCCUCACAGGCGAGCGUGUCAACGCACAUGACGCUCACGCCCCUCUCGGACAGCAGCGGGAGUGAGUCGAGUGUGCCAACACGCAUGGCCAUCACAGCCCUCCCGGACAACACGGGCAGCGAGCUGAGGGUGGAGGCGGCGGACCGGCCGGGGCUGCUCAUGGAGAUCGUGGAUGUGCUCACAGGGAUGUCCAUCAGCGUGACGUCAGCAGAGAUCGACACCGAGGUGGGUGUGACGUCAGCAGAGAUCGACACCGAGGGCGUGGUGGCGAAGGAUGUGUUCACGGUGUCGUACCAUGGGGGGGCACUGGAUGAUGAGAUGACCACGCUCACACUCAACGCCCUCAACUACACUCUCUCCCGGCCAGACAUCGAAGCAGAGGAAAGCUAUUAG